UAGAAGGAUAGCUAGCUCGCUACUAGUAGCAAGCAGCUAACAUUCUGUUGGAUUCAGCUAACAUUCGAGUCAACUCAUCGGCAAAAUAAUGAAUUUACUACCAUCCAACCCACACGGGAACGGACUUCUUUAUGCUGGAUUUAACCAGGACCAUGGGUGCUUUGCAUGUGGGAUGGAGAACGGAUUCCGAGUGUACAACACAGACCCUCUCAAAGAGAAGGAGAAACAAGUCAGUUUGUUUGCAGUAAAUCAGGCCAUUUUGCUGCACACAGGAACACAACAUUGUGGCAGCGAGACCCAAGAGUUCCUGGAGGGCGGGGUUGGCCACGUAGAGAUGCUGUUCAGGUGUAACUACCUAGCGCUGGUCGGAGGAGGGAAGAAGCCCAAGUAUCCGCCCAACAAAGUCAUGAUCUGGGAUGACCUGAAGAAGAAGACGGUUAUAGAGAUCGAGUUCUCGACAGAGGUCAAAGCCGUGAAGCUCAGGCGAGACAGGAUCGUGGUGGUUUUGGACUCCAUGAUCAAAGUGUUCACCUUCACACACAACCCCCAUCAGCUGCACGUGUUUGAGACCUGCUACAACCCCAAAGGGCUGUGCGUGCUCUGUCCCAACAGCAACAACUCCCUGCUGGCCUUCCCCGGGACUCACUCUGGCCACGUGCAGAUCGUGGACCUGGCCAACACGGAGAAGCCUCCGGUAGACAUUCCUGCCCACGAGGGGGCGCUGUGCUGCAUUGCCCUCAACCUGCAGGGCACCCGGAUAGCCACUGCCUCCGAGAAGGGGACCCUGAUCAGGAUAUUCGACACCUCGGCAGGUCAGCUGAUCCAGGAGCUGAGACGAGGCUCUCAGGCAGCGAACAUCUACUGCAUCAACUUCAACCAGGACGCGUCCCUCAUCUGUGUGUCCAGUGACCAUGGCACGGUGCACGUGUUUGCUGCGGAGGACCCCAAGAGGAACAAGCAGUCCAGCCUGGCCUCCGCCAGCUUCCUGCCUAAAUACUUCAGCUCCAAGUGGAGCUUCUCCAAGUUCCAGGUCCCUUCAGGGUCGCCCUGCGUCUGUGCCUUUGGAACCGAACCCAACGCCGUCAUAGCCAUCUGUGCUGACGGCAGCUACUACAAGUUCCUGUUCAACCAGAAGGGGGAGUGUUCCCGCGACGUGUACGCCCAGUUCCUGGAGAUGACCGACGACAAGAUCUGACCUUCGACCUCCUGCAGGCGGACUCGUGUGCAGGCUGGUUAGUUUAGAGGAGGCGGCGGCGGUGGAGGAGGAGGAGGGCUGUUUCUGUGCUCCUCCCCUCUCGGUGCUGACAGACUCUGCAGGGGAGCGUCAGGGACAUGGACACAGCCUGGAAACCACGGCAACAGGGACAGGGGGGGAGGGUUGAGGGAGGAAAGAGACACUCGGAGAGGUGGGACGGGUUGUCUCCCCGGCUCUGAGCUGGUCAGACUGUCCUAGGACCACCAAGAGGACAGACACAGGAGAACUGACUCUUAUUUGAGCCCCCCCCCCUCCCCCAGGCUUCUGUAACCAAGCUACAAACGGGAAGAAGAAAAAAAAAAAAAAUAAUUAAAAGAGGAAAACUAUUUUUUGGAAAGGACAAAGGUAUUCUUUUUAAUGAUGUCUUCCGUGGGAAUUUUACGCUGGAAUACCAUGGUUAUUGAAAAGAAAUGAGUAGUGGUGAUCCUGAUGGGUAACUGAAGAGAAACUAUUCUUGACUAACACCACCUAACCUAAAAGUAGGGAGUGCCUGCCAACUGAAUCAAAAGUGGAGUGUGCGUGUGUAUAUACUCACGUGUGUGUGUGUUUGUAUAUAUAUAUAUAUGUGUAUAUGUAAUAUACAAGUCACUUCUGUGGUAAUAUUGCAAAGCAGGAUGCAGGAAGUGGCCAGUGGACUUUGAUAAACAGAUGGAGACAAGUAUUUUGGCUUUCUGCAGUUCAGUAUUACUUGGCCUGUUCCUGGCUCGUGUAAGGACGCGGGAUGAAUGUGGGGGGCCUGUUCCAACUAGUUUUCCAGAAGUAUCCGUCUGUGCUCUUGCUUUGCGAAGGCCGUCUUAGUAGCGUUAGUUUGAUCUUAUAUUCACUGUGUGCACACUCGAUACGGCAGAUGUCACCUCCAUAGACUGUAUAGAGUAGACAAGGGGGAACAAAUUGUCAAAAUGGUUAAAAAUGUUGGUUUUUCGUUCCAUAUUCAUGUUUCUGCCCCCCUCACCCCACCCUGUGUAUUUGUGCAAUAAGAUUUAUUUUCCCCAAGAGAGAUGGAGGGGGCUUAGGCGGUAACUUAUUCUACGUAUUUGUACCUGCUCGUGGACUCCCCGAAGGAAACAGACGGAACCAAAUGGAAGCACUGAUUUUGUUUUCUGAGACGAGGAUUGAAACAUGUAUAUUAACGUCCACGAACAAAAUAUGGUCUGUCACCGUUUAACCAUUGGAAUACAUCAUCAUAACUUGAUUAAAUCAAAGUCCAGUCUCUCCCAUGUUUGUUUGAACAGUGACGUCAUCUCUUCCUGUCUUAACUCCCUGCUGGGUGUGAGGUGUUGCUGGAUGAUGUAGUCUUUUCAGCGCUGUAGUUCACCGGCGAGUCCAGCACGGAUGACAACUGCUCCCUCUUGAUGACGACACACCUGGUCAGGUGGUGGGCCUCAUGUAGAUGUGGUCAGGUGUCUGACUGAGAGGCUAACUGAUCUUGGCUGGAUUUGCCAGAUUCGUUAAGAAGCUCUUAACGCUAAGAGCUUCUUAAGAGCGUUCCUAGAACGUUCCUAAGAAGCUUUUGGCGUUAAGGGAUUCUUAACGAAUCUGGGAAACCCGGCCCUUGUUAGAAAACUGGUGUCUGGCAGGCCCUGGAGAGAGCUGGACAGAGAACAGGAAGCUAGCAGGGUGCCUCACAGGAACCAGUCACACUGAGGGAAAAUGUCUGCAGUCAAACAGAUUGUGUGUCGAAACCAGUGGCUGUCCAGGCUGCUGUGAUCCCUCUACUUACGCCCGUCACUUUUUUGCUCUUGUUUAUCUCUACUUUGUACUUAAAUCUUUCAGUUGGGUGUUCAUUGGAGAUGUCAUCAGCAUAUUUUUUUUUACUCAGCUCUGAUUGUAAAUGUGUGUGUGGUGCACUUUGAAACCCCACAAUUCUAAUCGGGAUGAAACAUACUCAAACACUACGCUGCCAUGGCGACACAGUAAUGUAAAAAUGAUUGUAAAAUACAUCAUUUGUGAA